GCCAAGAACCAGCUCGGAGAGUGGCUGUGUAAGACUUGAGAGCAAUGUCAGCACUGGUUUCGUCUUCCUUGCUCAGGUUGUGUACUCAUAGUCUCAGAUGUUUGGGUGUGAUCAAACACUGCCAGGCACAGAAGUCAUGCAGCACAAUUCUGCUUCAGUGGUGCCGGUCUCUUCAUGUGGACAGUCCUCCUCACAUACCCACACUGACCAACAGUUAUGUCCAUGGCACUUCGUCUGUCUCACUGCUCCCCUUGACUGUAAGCCAGAGCCUGGACGCCACAGUCCAAUGCUUUCCUGACCGUGAGGCAGUGGUCUUUUUGCAGGACGGCAUCCGGAAAACCUUUGCAGAGUUUCAGAAAGAUGUUGACCAGACAGCAGCAGGUUUGCUUGCUUUGGGCCUGAAGCCAGGGGAUCGACUUGGAGUUUGGGGGCCAAAUUUAUAUGAAUGGAUCCUUUUCCAGUUUUCUUCAGCCAAGGCUGGGAUUAUACUGGUGCCACUGAACCCAGCCUAUCAAGUUGAGGAAGUGGAGUUCACUCUGCAGAAGGUCCAGUGUAAAGCAGUGGUGUGUCCUACCCACUUUAAAACCCAGAACUUUUGUGAGAUGCUCAGGGAGCUCUGCCCAGGAAUCGACACUAUGCCAUUAGGCAUGCUCAAAAGCUCCAGGGUGCCAGACUUGCGUAUAGUAAUAGUGACCGACAGCAGACAGCCAGGGAUGCUCCAUGUAGCAGAUGUGAUCCAAGCAGGCGAGAGUCAGCAUUACAAAGAGCUGAUGAAUCUGCAGAGCAAGCUGUCCUUCGAUGAUCCCAUUAACAUCCAGUUCACAUCAGGGACCACUGGGAAACCAAAGGGAGCCACUCUUUCACACCACAAUAUUGUAAAUAAUGCAUACUUCCUGGGUUUGCGCUUAGGUUAUGCUUGGAGGCCUCAGGUACGAGUGUGUGUGCCUGUGCCGUUGUAUCACUGCUUCGGUUCUGUGGUUGGAGGGAUGAGCAUGGCGGUUCAUGGUGUCACACUCAUUUUCCCUUCCACAGGCUACAAUACUUGUGCCAAUUUGGAGGCCAUUCAGAGUGAAAAAUGUAAUUUUGUCUAUGGCACUCCCACAAUGUAUACUGAUAUGCUAGCUCAAGACUUGGACAAGUAUGACUUGUCAUCAGUUGAAGCUGGCAUCAUGGGAGGUUCUCCAUGCCCGCCUGAGAUUGCCAGAAAGCUAAAAACAGAGAUGAAAAUGAAAGAGAUAACGAUUUGUUAUGGAACCACUGAAAAUAGUCCUAUUACUUUUCUGGGAUUUCCACGAGACAACGAGGAGCUGAAGAUGAAUACUGUUGGGUGUAUUAUGGAUCACACUGAGGCCAAGGUGGUGGACCCUGCCACAGGGGAGAUUGUUCCUUUGGGGGCUUCUGGUGAGCUCAUGAUCCGAGGCAGCUGUGUGAUGCAUGGCUAUUGGGCUGAUCCUGAGAAAACCAGAGAGGUCAUCUCCUUAGAUCGCUGGUACAGAACUGGAGAUACAGCCAGCCUGAAUAGUCUGGGAUAUUGCAUCAUUGAGGGACGCAUAAAGGACAUGAUCAUCCGCGGAGGGGAAAACAUUUACCCUGCUGAAAUAGAACAAUUUCUUUACAAGUAUCCAAAAGUACAGGAGGUACAGGUGGUUGGAGUGAAAGACGAGAGGCUGGGUGAGCAGGUGUGUGCCUGCAUUAAGCUCAGGGAGAACCAAACAUCUACUGCAGAGGAGAUAAAAGCCUUCUGCAAAGGCAAGAUUUCUCACGUCAGGAUCCCACACUAUGUGGUCUUUGUAGAUAGCUACCCACUGACUGUCUCGGGGAAGAUCAAGAAGAACAUAUUAAAGAAGGAAAUGGAAAAGAAAUUAAAUCUUUAAUUUAGUGGAUUUUGCUGGACCUGGAGAGUGCUGAAAAAUGUAUAGAUGAAACUUUGGACUAUGUAACUGUGACUUUGUUAUAAUCUUCAUAUGAAAAUUCUGCUUCAAUAAGUUUUGUUUUUACUUAUUAAAUAAAUUUAAAGUUAAACAUGACAAAACCAAUUAGUGACAAGAUUUG